AUGAUGGUCAAUUUUGCUGAUUUUACUGGUGAUCAAAUAAUUUCUAUGUUUCCAUCAGAAGUAAAAGAUACAUAUUUUAUGGAGUACAAAUCAAACAAGAAUCCAAAAGGAAAACUUUACUCAAAGUUUUAUAAUUUCAUGAGGUUCUUAAAAUCAACUGGUCUUGUUACAUCAAAUAAAAAUAGAAAUAAGCAGAAAGCCAAAUUAUACAUCAAAGAAAAAAAUGUAAUGCCCUUGGUAAACCAUUUGACUAGCACGUUGUUAUUACACGAACCCGACGAUCCAGUAGCAUUUCUCAAACUCCAGGUGGAAGAUAUGAUUAAUUUUCGAGACCAUCAGGGCAAACCACCAAUUCUGUUCAAGAAAGACCAUUUAAUAAACGUUUUUAAGGGUGUUGACUAUUUAAAUAUUGGUUCGAUUGAUUUGAAACAAUACUUUAAAGCUAUGAAUAUGCUGGGAUUGAAUGAAAACGAUUUCAAUAAAAGUCCACAAGUAGUCGAAAACAAUAGAAUUGAAUGUAAAAUAUUCGUGAGUGAAGCGUGA